UUUCCCAGCUCCAGAUAAGCCAGCAUGUAUAAAUUCUCGCUCCGCUUGCACUAUUCAGACACAAAAAAAUCAUCAUGGCAUCAAGACGUAACGCUUCGUUUGUGGUAAACGCAACCAACAUAACGGCGCUGGAUAUGGAGGAGAUUUGUGGACUGAUAGACACAGAGUGUCCAGCAACUCUCUUCGAUCCACCGACAGGGGGUGACUCGGAGGACAGCCCUGGUCCACAUGACGAUUCGUGGCCCGGCGAAACACGAGAGGCUGAAGAGCUCAUGGUUAAACUGGACGGGCUACCAGAGAAAAUUCACACUGGUCUAUUUAUAGCUUCACAUCGGGAUUCCCAAAACACACAUCGGUAUACUGUGGUUGACAUAACAGAGAAUUCUGCCUUCUCAGUAGCUGAGUUAAAACAAGAAGAGGAGAUACUAAGAGUAAACGACCUUCGUCUUUACGGCCAGAAGCCAAGCGACGUCCAGAAGUCACUAAGAGAUGUAAUACGAACAUCUCACCAGGAAACCUUGGCCUUCACGCUCACUGUUCGUCGUCAGAACAAGGGAGACUACUCCAGCGGAUAUCAGGAAUUCCUCAAAAUUGAACUCAUUGUUCGAGUCAAUAUUAUAAGAAUGGAAACUGCCAGAGUAUACGCCUCUCGACAACGCUCACACAUCAGCGGAUAUGGCGGAGUGUUGUUCCAGUCUCGUGUCGUAGGAACAGUCCACGAUAUUGUGCAAAUACACCUGAAGCCAAAAUAUCACAACGUUUACAUCAGCUUCAACAGUCGUGCUCAAGACAAACUGACUCCCACUCCGAAAAGGCGGAGAAAGGACGCGUUUAAUAGAACCACGUACGUGGGAUAUGAUACCAGGGCUAAGAAACCAGUGUUUGUGGUAACUCUAGAACUGAUAAAGAGGCCUGGUUAUUACCUGGCAGUACAUGGGUCAGAGGUCGUACUGAAGAGGUACGACAUGGGCGCAAACCCAUACACGGGUAUAGAACAUCCGGAGAGGUUCUUCAUCAUCGGGAAGAUCGGAGAAAGGGACCUGUACGAAUCCCUGAAGAACAGAGAGCACUACGUGUCGUACGAAGAUAGGACACUGAGUCUUCAUCACCACGACUUGACAGUCACAAAGCGGCCUCCUGACAGUAUCGUCUUCGCGCAAGACUUCAGUGCCCCAGAAAUCUCUUCCGGGUCUUCCAUCUUCUCAGGAUUGUUGGCCCUUAUUGGUGCAACGAUUGAAGCCGUGCGACGUACGGCCAAAUAGCCCACUGCGUGAUUAGGAUUAAAGAAAACACAGAACUAUGUGACUGUGUGAAACCGUGAUAAAUUGCAUGUGGUCCUUCGAAAUUUUCAACGCGG